AUGCCUGUUCAGAAGGUGAAGGAUUUUCUGGGGUUUUCUAUGAGCCUGUAUGUUCAUGAGAAAAAGCCGCAGUACUUUGGAAUGUCUGAGUUUAGCCAUGAUAUGAUGGAGAAUAUGCCGGACUACCCACUCCGGGAGGAUGACGUCAUCCUGUGCUCCUACCCCAAGUCCGGCUGUCACUGGGUGUGGGAGAUCUCCCGACUGCUAAUGACCGGCCGGACAAGUGCAGACAAAGUGGACAAAGAAAACUACAUGAUGGAAGCCUCCAACUGCGUCGGUUGCGAAGACAUAGCCGACCUCCCAUCACCCCGACUUCUCAACAACCAUGAGUUCUUCGAGAACCAGCCCAAAGACAUCUUAAAGAAAGGCAUCAAGGUGAUCCAUGUGUACAGAAACCCCAAAGACGUGGCAGUCUCCUUCUUCUAUCACCACAAUAGACUUGUGGAAUACCAGUAUAACAACCCGGAUUUCUCCAAAUACCUUCCCAGGUUUGUGGACGGUCUAGUAGACAGCAACUGUGUCUUUGACUACAUGAGAGACUGGGAGCGAGCCAUCAACGAGCAGAAAGAUCUCAAUGUCUGUGUUAUAUGUUAUGAGAAUAUGCACGAGAACCCACUAGAAGAGGUUCGAAAACUGGCCAAGUUUUUGGGCAAAGACUACGACGAUGAGUUUCUGCAGAAAGUGAUAAAUGCUACUACGAUGGAGAACGUUCUCAAACAGAAAGACAUGCUGUUCGAAGACAAGUCUGGGCCCAUUAUGUACCGGAAAGGCAAAGUCGGGGACUGGAAAAAUCACUUCACGGUGGCUCAGAGCGAAUGGUUUGACCACAUCACUAGGAGCAGGAUGGGAAAAUCUAAGGACUACCCACUCCGGGAGGACGACGUCAUCCUGUGCUCCUACCCCAAGUCCGGCUGUCACUGGGUGUGGGAGAUCUCCCGACUGCUGAUGUCCGGCCGGACAAGUGCAGACAAAGUGGAAAAAGAACACUACAUGAUGGAAGCCUCCAGUUGUUUCCAUUACGGCGAUAUAGCCGACCUCCCAUCGCCCCGACUUCUCAACAACCAUGAGUUCUUCGAGAACCAGCCCAAAGACAUCUUAAAGAAAGGCGUCAAGGUGAUCCAUGUGUACAGAAACCCCAAAGAUGUUGCAGUCUCCUACUUCUACCACCAUAAUAGGAUCCCAUCCUAUGAAUAUAGCAACUUGGACUUCUCCAAAUAUCUGCCCAGGUUUGUGGACGGUCUCGUAGACAACAACUGUGUCUUUGACUACAUGAGAGACUGGGAGAGAGCCAUCAACGAGCAGAAAGAUCUCAAUGUCUGCGUUAUAUGUUAUGAGAAUAUGCACGAGAACCCACUAGAAGAGGUUCGAAAACUGGCCAAGUUUUUGGGCAAAGACUACGACGAUGAGUUUCUACAGAAAGUGAUAAAUGCUACUACGAUGGAGAACGUUCUCAAACAGAAAGACAUGCUGUUCGAAGACAAGUCUGGGCCCAUUAUGUACCGGAAAGGCAAAGUCGGGGACUGGAAAAAUCACUUCACGGUGGCUCAGAGCGAAUGGUUUGACCACAUCACUAGGAGCAGGAUGGGAAAAUCUAAGGUCUACACAUUUAAAUAUGACAUUUGAACUCUGAACCAUGAAGAGCAUUGUUUGUAUUUCUUGAUGAGGAUUCAACGAAAACUCGGAUUCAACAAAAGGAGGUGGAUUCCCUGUUUCAUUUAUUCAUUAAAAUCAAUUUAAAAAAAAAUAAUAA